CUAGCCAUGGAUGGAGGAGAUUUCCAAGUGUGCAGGAACUGCAAAAAAAGCGUCGCCUCCGCCAACCUGAUCCUCCACGAGGCCCACUGCCUGAGGUUCCUGGUCCACAGUCCAGAAAGCAAGGAACCCCAGUCCCAGGAGAAGUUGGAAGCACACCUCAAGAGUGAGCACCAGCAGACCACAGAACUCCAAGAGCAUGUUGCGUGUCAGUUCGGUGAGCUUGCUGUGAGCUCGUGCAAGGUGGAAACCCAUGAGCACCACCAUGGCAAACAGAUGGAACAAUGUAUGGGGUGCGGCUGGAGCAUCCCACUCCAGGGCUUGGCCCACCACCACAAAGUGUGUCAGAGUGAAUGGUCUCUGUUUAAGAAAGGGAACAAAGGUUCAGUUUCUAAAAAGAAAAUCCACUGCCAUCAUUGCAAUCAACUGAUACUCGCAAAUGACUAUUCCCAGCAUAUGAACAAAUGCCAUGCAGUUACAGAGUCUAUGGAAUCCUUUCCAGUUGGAAUAUCAAGAAUUCCCACUCCGUUUCUUCCAGAUCAGACUGCUAAAGACUACCCUUCCACGGCAGAGAAAGAUGUCCGUCCAAAGACCAAAAAUAGCAAGAAAUCUCCUUCUCUUUUUGAAAAUUCAACAAAGAAAACUCCAAGAGGCAGAGAUCAGGCUAAUGAUAUUCCUCUGAAAUCUAACCACAAUCCCAAGCUCUCCUCGUCUGUAGAUGAGGCUGCUUAUAACAUUAUGAGGAGUUGUUCUCAAUGUGGCAUCCUACUUCCUCUUCCGAUCUUAAGUCAACAUCAGGAAAAAUGCCAAUGGUUAACUUCAUUAAAAGAAAAGCAAGUGAGAGAUUCCAGCUAUAUUUGGCAAAGAAAAGAGACUGAUUUGUUCCAGAGUUACAAAUAAUGAAUAGAAAACCUGUCUCCAGGAACUUUGCCUGACAGUCCUGCCCAAGCCUCUGUGUCUUGUCACCUGAAUGACUGAGGAGCACAACUUUGU